GUUAUUGUAGCCCUAGUCUAUGUCGCCACUUUCGCCCUUUGGGUUGCCGCCUCAAUGUCCCCUGGCUUCUACAUCAGCGAUAUGAUUAUCGCUUCCAUCGGCAUCACAGCCCUUCUAGUGUUGGGUAUAGUAGAAUCCGACUCAGCAGUACUUGAGGACAAGCGUCCCUUCAGAAUGCUCAUAUACUAUGGAACGCUCCUAUCGAUCAUCCAAACGGCCGUGUCAAAGGGAUACUGGGCAUAUCCGUUCGCUGGCGAGUAUGUUGUCGGUUGGUUAUCGGGAAAACCAGUCGGCAGCUCUCUUCUGCUUGCUUCCAUUGUUAUGUACUUUACUUCUUAUGUUUAUACUUCCCCAUUGGCCCAUACGAGAGAUUUCUAUCCCCCCAUAUUCGAGUCUUUGAUCCAAAACGGAGUUCCAUCUCAUCUUGGCUCGAGUGUCUUAUCGUAUGUCACUAUGGCACGCAAUAUUUCCCCGUAUACUUCUCCCACGAAUCCUGCCUACUAUGUUCUCGGGUACGUAACCGUCCGUCAGUGGUGGUUCUGCGGUAUAGCAUCACUCGCACUAAACUACCUCUUCCUUAUCUCU